AUAAGAGUAGUACAGGACCUUCACUCUUUCUGUACUUUGGAGGCAGGAAAAGCACACCCAUCUGCACAGCUUCCUUGGGGCGACACAGCAGCAAAGCAAAAAACCAUGAGGACAUGAACACAUCAAAUUCAACUUUUGUUUGGCUUACGAAGCGUGUGUUAUUUACAUCCGUAAACAAAAUUUCAGAAGGAGAUCAUCUUCCGGAUUUACGUGAAGUCCGAGAAGUGCCAGACCAAGGCCAUGAAAGUGGCAGCGACGGUUAGCGGGGUGGAGUCGGUGACGCUGGCGGGCGGCGACAAGAGCCUGCUGCUGGUGAUCGGCGACGGCGUGGACUCGAACAAGCUGAGCAAGAAGCUCAAGAAGAAGAUCGGCGCCGCGGAGAUCGUGGAGCUGCGGACGCUCGACACCUUCGAGGUCUCGCCGUUGCAGCACCACCCGCACCCGAUCCCGGCCAAGGGGGCUCAGGCUCAUCCGCCGCGCUCGCCGUACAACAACCAGCAGAGCCAGAUGCAGUACAAUUACCAGUACGGCGGCGCCGCGGGCCCGGGCCCGCAGAGCCCGUACAACGCUUACCACUACCACCCGUCGCCCAUGGCCAUGGCGGCGCAAGGUGGGUACGGCUACAGCGGCCAGGGGGAGUACGGCUACGGGCGAAGCAGCAGCUACUCGCGCAUGGUGGCAAGGAGCCACCCGGGGAACUACUCGCCGCUCAUGGAGAGGCAUGACUACUACCCCAUGGACCACUCCUUCUCCUCCUCCGCUGCCGCGGCCGCUGCUGGAGGCGGCGGCGGCGGCACCACCACCUACAGGUCGGUGCCCCGCCGCGAGGGCAGUUCGGGUGGCUGCUGCAUACUGUAAUAGCUAGUCGCCGCCGCGCGCCGUGACGGCCCGGCGUUGCUGUACAGUAGUAGUACUAGUAUCAUCAUCCCCGCUAGCUAGCUCCGUCUCUUCUAGUGAAAUCGCCCUGUUCUUAUCGGGGUUUUCUUUUACUUGUUCUUGUAAUUAGUUUUGGAAAGUUGAUUGUAACUGAAAACUUGUUUGUAGCAAAUGUUAAUUAAGCAGUCUUCGUCGUCGGAUGGAUUGAACUGGGCAACUGGCAACGGAUGUUUCUUGUUUUCA